AUGAGCAAUCGAGGUCAAUCCAACCCAAUCGAAUCUCCUGAACUCCUUUCACACUCAACUCUUCCUCAAGAUGACAGCGUCCCCGAAAGAUCGAUGGUAGAGGAAGCUACAGUGACAGGUGUCAUUUUCACUCCAGAACUAUGGAUGCAAAGACGAUGCUGGGCAUUAGACGUUCUUCGUAAGGAAGGUGUCCGAUCUGUAUUGGAUAUCGGUUGUGGUCCUGGAUCAUUACUUGAGACUUUGGUCAUUCCACCCACCACUAUCAAGGAGGAACCUAUCCUUCCCAAAAGAUCAAAUCCGCAACAUGAACAACUUCCUAGUUCGGUGGAUAGUGAUGAUGAGGAUUUCUCAAAUACAGCGCGAGAACUGUUCGUUAAGCGCUUGGGCGGUCUUGAUGUGUCACCUUCAGUAAUAUCAUCUGCUUUGAAAAUCAUUACCCCUCCAUCCUCUACGUCUAACUUUCCUCCGAAUGUCCCGAGAUGGGAGCCUCUCAAUACCGAACUAUGGUUAGGUGGUAUCGAAAAGUACAAUGCUAGAUUAGAGGGAUUCGAAGCUAUCGUCCUCUUAGAAGUGAUAGAGCAUCUAGACCCAAACGUGUUGAGCAGAUUUGGUGUUGUGACACUAGGGACGUAUAGACCAAAGGUGUUGCUGAUAACAACCCCCAACUUCGAUUUCAACGCUAAAUUCCCUCGAGCAGAAGAACACGAUUUUGCGAAGAAAGGAUUUGUCGAUCCAACAGGAAGAACAGAUCGUGUGUUCCGACACUCUGACCACAAGUUGGAGAUGACGAAUGCCGAAUUCAGGGAAUGGGCUCAAGCAGAAGCUAUCAACUGGGGAUACGAAGUUGAGAUUUCCGGUGUUGGAGUGUCUUCACAUCCAUCAUACUACCCUUCUGAUGACCCAUCUCUGCCUGGUCAGCCUAUAUAUGCUUCACAGACCGCGAUUUUCCGGAUAGCCACUGGGCUUCCACUUCGUUCACCACGUUCAGUCCGAACGGUUGAAUUACCUUUCAUGGUAGGAGGAGGUGAAUCUGCACACCCUCAUAAAUUAGCUGGACGAUACGUACAUCCCGUGUCUUUCCCUGGGAAUGGAACGAAAUCGCUGCCUGAGGAAAUCAGAAAAACGGUGAAGGAAUGCUUCACGAGAUGGGAUAUAGAACAAGUCAGUUUGGAUGAAUUAUGGGGAGUUGCAGAUGUAGCAGGGAAAUGUGCUGGAAGUAAGAGGCAUCUAGUCGGCUCACUUGGUGGAUGGGGGAACUGUCCAGGGAUAGAAGUAAAUAACGGAUCAGAAUUGGAAUUCGAAGUGAGAAAGGAGAAGGGCCGGGAUCUAAGCGUCAGAUGGAGGACUUAUGUGCGUCGAGAUAAAGAUGAAAAGGAAGAAUCAUGGGGCGAAUCAGCAAGUAAAGAUAUAUCGAAGGACACGAGUGAGGCAGGAGGAUGGUAG